AUGGCAUUAACACCAACACAGGUCACAAAAAAUACGACCCCGCUCAAGGUGACUGUAACCCCAGUACAGUUGACUAAACCUACUCUACUUAACCCAACAAACACAAACUGUGUUAAGGUAUGUCGUUCAUCGACAUUGUCAACAACAACUACCACCACUACUCCGACAACUACAGUAACAACGACACCAACAACUACUACAACUCCGACAACUACUACAACUCCGACAACUACAACCACCACCACACCUACAACAACCACGACACCAACAACUAUUACAACUCCGACAACUACAACAACUCCGACAACUACUACAACUCCGACAACUACUACAACUCCGACAACUACUACAACUCCGACAACUACAACCACCACCACACCUACAACAACCACGACACCAACAACUACAACUACCACGACACCAACAACUACAACUACCACCACGACGCCUACAACUACUACAACUCCGACAACUACAACAACUCCGACAACUACAACAACUCCGACAACUACAACAACUCCGACAACUACAACCACCACGACGCCUACAACUACUACAACUCCGACAACUACAACAACUUCGACAACUACAACAACUCCGACGACUACAACAACUCCGACAACUACAACCACCACGACGCCUACAACUACCACCACGCCUACAACUACAACAACUCCGACAACUACAACUCCGACAACUACAACCACCACGACGCCUACAACAACUCCGACAACUACAACCACCACGACGCCUACAACUACCACCACUCCGACAACUACAACAACUCCAACAACUACAACAACUCCGACAACUACAACAACUCCGACAACUACAACCACCACAACGCCUACAACUACUACAACUCCGACAACUACCACAACACCAACAACUACGACCACCACAACACCGACAACUACAACA